AUGCCCGUACUAAUUGCCAACUCAGGCAUCAACCCCCUUCACAUUGCCGACGUUCUGGAUGCCAGUUCCAAAGCCACCAUUGUUCACAUGAGUGGUAAGGGACGCGAGCUAAACCCGCCAGGAUCCUCGAAAAAGUUCUGGAAGCACGAAAACGCCAUACUCAGAAGUCACGGCACAUCAACCGAGUCCCAUAGCCUCAUUGUUAAAACUGGCGACGAGUUGAGCCACGAUUUCGAGGCAGAAGCAAAUUUAAGCAUCAGCUAUGGCGGACUGUCUGUGUCGGCCUCUUCACAGUACAGCUAUCAGUCGUCGUUUGAAUUAACCAGCGUGUAUGGAAACUACAGCUUUGACCAGAGGGUGUACUCUGUUCAACUGGCGGCAGAUCCGUACGAGUUUGUUAAUCCCAAGCUGGUCAAGGAGGCCCUGCUGCUCCCGGAAUGGCAUCAGGACCAGGCCACGUAUGAGAAAUACCGCCUGUUCUUUCAAAAAUGGGGUACUUACAUAAUUCUCGAGUGCUUCCUCGGCACCCGCUAUCAGCUUUCGAUUGAAAGCAAGGAGACGUCGAGCGAGAAGAAACAAGAAAUCAAAGCAUGUAUAGGCCUGGAGUACAAAGGACUAGUGUCUGCAGGAGGAAGUGUUGCCGACACCCAGGCGUACAAGGCCUAUGUGGACGCACGCAAUACGGACUGCCGGGUUCGUGGCGGCGAUCCGGGCAAAGCAGGGAUUCUGGAGCGUGAUCCGACCAACAUGGACAAGUUCAAUGAUUGGCAGGAGAGCCGCAAGCUGGAUGCCAUGGAGGCGUUGUUGUCGGCAAAAGCAGAGAGCCUGGCCGUGUUCCUGGCGGCGAGCUCAGUCCAGUCCCACGUUGAGGCAUCGCAGCGUCUCAAGCCUGCCCUCGACUACUUUUCCAGCUUUCGCACGCUUACCGGUGUCAUCAAUGGUUUUCAGGACAUGUACUUGAAAGGCGGGGGUUACGAGGUUGUCCCAUAUCCCCCGACAGUCCCGUAUAGUCCUGGUAUGGAGUACAAAUGUACUACAAGUCCUCUUCCUGGACUUGUGAUUAAGCCAGAGAGCGCCAGUGGCUGGACCGUGACCCAACUGUCGCCGUCUUCCUUUACGGCGAAGUCGUAUCAAAAACUCCAAGUUCCAUCAGUCCCCAUUACCAUUACCGCUCCCAUGCAGCCCGUCGAUGUCACACUCUGGUCGCAUAUUGAAUUCGUGAUACCGUUUAUUACCCCGAGGUGUGGGCUCGGACUAUUACAAACACCUUCCGGGUUGUAUCGGACAACAAUCACUGUAAAGUCAGAUGGGACAACAGGGACUGUUCAUGUGCCGAAAUUGGACCUGGCCGGAGAUUUUAGAUGA